AUGGCUGCCAAUGGACGGAGAUUUACGCCAGCAGUAACACUAAUCGUAGCCGUCAUCGUUGUCGCUGCCCCAACGGUUAAAGCCACGGUCAACCAAUUCUCCCUACCGACACAUUGUCAUGUUUACCGGCAACCAGGAGACCUCAUCUUGGGUGGGAUGUUCACAAUAGCUCGCAGGUCUCCUUCAAGUUGCAACUUCACCGACGAAGAGAUAUCUCUCGGUAUGCUCCUCCCAGAGGCGAUGGCAUUCGCUAUUCAGUCCGUUAACGCAAGAGAUGAUCUUCUCCCGAACAUCACUCUCGGAUUUGAAAUAUGGGACUCGGGUUGGGUUGAAGAUAUAGCAGUCGGUGUUGCAUUGUCAUUUGUGAGCGAUUCACCACUUGGUGUUUCCCAGGCUUGUGAAAGAGGAGUAAACCGAAGCAAGGUGGUUGGUAUUGUUGGUCCAGAAUCGAGUGCAAAAACCGUUUUAGUGAGUAAGAUAACCCAGCCUUACCAACUGCCAAUCGUGUCCCAUUGGGCCACAAGCAACGAGCUCUCCAACAAAGCCCGCUUCCCGUUCGCUCUUCGCACCGUGCCGCCUGAUCAGUUUCAGGCUGGUGCCAUCGUGGACUUGUUGACACAUUUCAGCUGGGAGUACGUCGCUGUGAUCUACACGGUGGACAGCUACGGGAUCCAUGGAGCACGAGAGCUAAUCUCGCAGGCGGAAGAACGCGGUGUGUGCAUCGCCCUGUCGGCUCCACUUUCAGAGCUGGACACGGAGCGGGAUCGACAAGAAAUUGUGCUAGCGCUUAAACGACUUAGCUUUGUCCGCGUCGUGAUCAUAUUUGCGGCCGGAGCGUUACCGUACAGCUUUCUCCAACAGGUCUCAAAGACUGACUUCCCGUAUAAGAUCACCUGGAUUGGUAGUGAUGGCUGGGGAUACGAACUACCUCACUACGGUCUGGAAGACCUCGUAAGUGGCGGAAUCUUCACCCGAUUGAACAAUCCAAAACUGCCGGCAUUUGAAGAAUACCUGAACUCAGUUGAUCCACGCCUGGUUAACGCCGCCGGUCCGUGGUUCACUCGCUACUGGAGGCGGUAUCUCGACCACAACUGUACUGAUCAUGCCCCAUUGGGAACAUGCACUUCUCAACUGUCAAAGGGAUACUCAGCUACCUACAACAUUGCGGGGCCCAUUGAUGCCGUCCAUGUAUUCGCCCAUGGCCUCCACUCACUGCUGACGGAGACAUGCUCGUCUGGUUCAGUCAAAAAUUGCUCGUCAAUGUUAGACCAAGUUGAUGGCAAGGAGUUGUUAAAACACCUUCUUCGAGUUAAUUUCACUGGCGCCACGGGACCAUUUAAUCUGAAUGAAGAUGGCGAUCCUGAAGGCAUGUAUCUCUUCACUCAUCUCAAGCAGUCUCAUGGCCAAUAUGAUUUUGUGAACAUCGGGAAGUGGGACUCCAGGAAGGGCAAUGAUCGGCUUCAGUUAGGGAUCGAUUUGAUUCAGUGGUCAGGUGUAGAAAAUCUGGAUAGCAAACCACCAAUUUCUUCCUGUCGACAGACAUGUUCAGCAGGAUACAUUUUGGUACCUCUGGAACAAAAGUGCUGUUGGGGUUGUCAGCCCUGUAGUGACAAUGCAAUUAUAUUAAACGGUACCGAGUGCGUGUCCUGUAACUUAACCUUCUGGCCGAAUGAUAACUACGAAACAUGCAUCCCAAUCCAACCUCAGACCAUUGACCUUGCAGACCCUCUUAUUACCAGCAUCUUGGCUAUGGCAGGUGUUGGGUUUCUGCUUUCAUGUUUAACAGGGUCCGGUAUGGUGUACUAUCGGCACAGCAGGCUUGUGAAGGCUACAAGUCGCGAGCUCAGCAUCUUGAACCUUCUUGGCUUAGGACUAGCCUUCCUUGUGGUGAUCCCACUUCUGCAACCACCUUCUACCGUAGCAUGCUCAGCUUCGGAAGCUCUAAUCUCAUUAUGCUUCACAUUGACCUACGCACCUACUCUCCUCAAGGUUAACAGGAUCUACCGGAUUUUCAGUGCUGGAAAGAGAUCUGUCAGGCCUCCUCGCUUUGUGAGUCCCGGUCAUCAGCUUGCCAUGGCUGCCGCACUCAUUCUAGUACAGGUUGUUGCCGUGGUUUUCGCGGGACUUUUACAACCGGCUGUUCCCGCUCUCCUGUUCACGUCACCGCCGAGUGACCACAUCGAGCUGUACUGCGUCUUCAGCCCGGCCUUUCCAGGAUUCUGUGCUUACAACCUCCUAAUCGUUCUACUGUGCUGCUACUUUGCUUUGCUUGCCCGUAAAGUCCCCGAUAACUACAACGAGUCCAAGUUCAUUGGCGUUAGCGUUUACUCCUCCCUGGUAUUAGGUAUUGCGGUUGUACCUGUUUACACAACGGCCUCUCGCGCGUCCCAGAAAGUUUCCUUCCUUGCCAUUGCCGUUGUAGCCAAUUCGUUUAUCACAAUUUUCUUCGUGUAUUUUCCGAAGCUGUUUGCCAUUAGGUUCCAGGCCCGUGUCCAUAAUCAAGAUGGCGAACCCAGAACCUUAGCAUCGACACUGGGAGCAGGCAACGCCCGUUAA